AUGGGUAAAGCAAAACGACGAUCACUUUUAGCUAAAAUUUUUCCUCGUUCUUCAUUGCGUCGCAGUACUGGUCUAUUAAUCAUCACAUGUUUUUUGUCUAGUGCAUUUUUUUCUGUAUUAGUAUUCGCUAAUGCUGAUUAUGUAAUUGGAGCAUUCGACUAUUUGACCUCAUUUAUACCUAUAAGUAGAAGUGAUUCGAAAUUAAUCGUAGUAACUACUAGACAGCCUAUUAUUCAAAAGAAACGAACACUAUCAAUCUAUGAUGAAAAUAGAGUAUAUAAUGAUUUUAAUUAUUUAAAUCCUAGUACGUUAACGUAUGAAAAACGAACAUAUUCAAAUAAUGUUCAAGUAUUAUUUCGUUUACCAAAGAAAACGCCAAUAUUUGCUCUGUUAUUGAUUUUUCAUGGUUGUAGUCGUACAGCAAAUGAUUGGUUUAAUACAAUUGAACGACAACGUAUUAUCGGUGCUGCUAUUGAUCUUGGUUAUGGUUGUUUAGCAUUUCAAGCAACAGAUGAUUUUUCACGAUGUUGGUCAAAUGAAGUUGAUAUGUCUUCGAAUAAUGAUGUAGAAAUGGUAUGGGCAGGACUAAAAGGAUUCUAUAAUGAAUAUCCAAAAUUAGAAUCUCUACCACGUUUUACAUUUGGUUCAUCGAGUGGGGGAAUAUUUUCAAGUAUAUUUGCUAUCAAUCCACGUUAUAAAAUUCAAGGACAAAUAAUAUUUAUAUCAAUUGUCCUUCCUGAAAUAGUACAAACACGUGUUAAAAAGGAAGGUUAUCCUCCAACGGCAUGGAUAUAUAUGCCUCGUGAUAUUGAAUUUGCUUCUGAAGCUCGUAUAAAUGACUCAAAACGAGUUUUUGCCGAAGAAAAUAUUCCGCAUAUUAGUUAUAUUAUAGAAUCGCUUUGUGUAACAUCUACAAUAUUUCAUGAACGAAUUCCAACAAUAACAAAAGAAACAUCAUUAUAUAUUUUCUAUCGUUUACAACAAAAUCAUUGGUUAGAUCCACAAAAUUAUCUAAAAUAUAAUCCACGUCGUAAGAAUACAUGGCAAGAAUUUUUAUUAAUACCUGUAAAUAAAACAUUGAUAAGUACAGAUAUUUCUAAAAAUUUAAAUGAACAUAAAACUAUACUACCGGAUUUUUUCAAUACUCUCUAUGGUGAACAUGAAAUAAGUUUUGAACGUUCAUUCGAAGCAUUACAGUGGCAUAAAAAUAUCUAUGAUAAUAAAACUAAAUCUGUGUUAUAA